CCGGCGGGAGGGAGGGAGCGAGAGAGCCAGCGACGCGGGCCGACCCGCGGCCUCCCCCGCCCUCCCGCCCCUCCCCCGCGUCGCCCAGCCGCGGGGACGGGGCUCGCGUCGCCGCCCCUCAGCCGCUUCCGAUGAAGCAGCUGCCGCCACAGCAGCCGCCUCCGAAGAUGGGGGAUUUCUACGACCCCGAGCACCCGACCCCCGAAGAAGAAGAAAAUGAGGCAAAGAUUGAAAGUGUGCAGAAAACAGGUUUCAUCAAAGGACCAAUGUUCAAAGGUGUUGCUUCUAGUCGAUUUUUGCCCAAAGGCACCAAGACAAAAGUUAAUUUGGAGGAACAAGGACGACAGAAGGUGUCAUUCAGCUUCAGCCUUACAAAAAAAACUUUGCAGAAUAGGUUUCUUACCGCACUUGGCAAUGAAAAACAAAAUGAUACUCCAAACUCCCCUGCUUUAUCUCAAGGAGACUCAACUCCUAAAAUUAAAGUGGACAUUGGAGAUACCUUAGCUACUACAGAAGAAUCUUCCCCACCAAAAUCAAGAGUGGAAUUGGGCAAAAUUCAUUUUAAAAAACAUCUGCUUCAUGUGACUUCCAGGCCACUGCUGGCUACUACCUCAGCAGUAGCAUCUCCAUCUCCUCCCCCAGUACAGUUACCAGCAGUCAUACCAGAAUCAACAACUAUAGACUCACCACCUUCAUCUCCACCUCCACCACCUCCACCUCCCCAAGCCACAACACCCUCAUCACCAGCACCAAUAACAGAGCCAGUGGCCUCACCACACACACCAGUAACAGUUCUCACGACAGCACCACUAUCCUUACCAGUAGAUGUAGCAGUUAGAACUCUGAAAGAACCACCAGUUACACUUGUAAAAGAGUCUUUAGAAGUGGAUACUAAGCAGGACAUUAUAUCUAACAAUUCAGAAGAACACAUAACUCACAAUCUGAAUGAUCAAGUAGAUAGUCCUUCACCAAAAGAAGAUUCCCAUAUUGGGAAGGAAGAAGAUAUUCCAGAUAGUUCUAAGAUUAGUCUGAGCUCUAAAAAACCGGUUUCUAAGAAGAAAUAUUCACAAUUUGAAGGCUCAUUUUUUGGCUCAGAAUCUGAUGAAGAUUCUGUAAGGACUUCCUCCAGUCAAAGAUCACAUGAUUUAAAAAUUUCAGCAAGCAUUGAAAAGGAAAGAGAUAUUAAAAAGAGCUCAGCGCCUUUAAAAAGUGAAGAUUUAGGAAAAUCUUCAAGGUCUAAAACAGAAAGAGAAGAUAAAUAUUUUAGCUACUCAAAACUUGAAAGAGAUACUCGGUAUGUAUCUUCCCGAUGUAGAUCAGAAAGAGAGCGAAGGCGGAGCAGAUCUCGUUCCAGAUCUGACAGGGGGUCUAGAGCUAGCCUAUCCUAUUCCCGGUCAGAACGAUCUCAUUAUUAUGACUCUGAUCGACGCUACCAUAGGAGUUCCCCUUAUCGAGAGAGGACACGCUAUUCUCGGCCAUAUACAGAUAACAGGGGACGAGAGAGUUCCGACUCUGAAGAUGAAUAUAAGAAGACAUACUCAAGGCGCACCUCGUCUCAUUCCUCCUCUUACAGAGACCUGAGAACAUCAUCCUAUUCUAAAUCUGAUCGGGACUGCAAAACUGAGACCUCUUACUUAGACAUAGAGAGAAGAGGAAAGUAUUCUUCCAAACUAGAGAGAGAAUCCAAAAGGACUUCAGAAAAUGAAGCAAUAAAAAGAUGUUGUUCUCCUCCUAGUGAUCUGGGAUUCCGAUGGGGGUCCUCAUAUUCUAAGCACGAUUAUAGUGCUUCCCGCUACAAAUCUGCCCUUUCAAAGUCCAUACCCAAGUCUGACAAAUUUAAAAAUUCUUUCUGUUGUACAGAAUUAAAUGAGGAAAGCAAACAGUCUCAUUCUUCUAGUUUACAGACUCCUUGUUCAAAAGGUAGUGAGUUAAGAACUGUUAGUAAAAUUCCUGAAAGAGAAAAGACUGGGUCUCCAUCUGCAUCAAAUCGGUUAAAUGAUUCACCUACUUUUAAAAAGCUAGAUGAAUCACCUAUUUUUAAGUCAGAAUUUAUAGGACGUGAUAGCCAUGAUAGUAUUAAAGAAUUGGACUCUUUAUCUAAAGUGAAGAAUGAUAAAUUAAAAAACUUUUGUCCCAUUGAAUUAAAUAUAAACGGAUCUCCUGGGGCAGAAUCUGAUGUGACAACAUUUUGCACUUCUAAAACUGAUGCUGUUUUGAUGACAUCUGAUGAUAGUGUGACUGGAUCAGAGGUAUCUCCUUUGGUCAAAGCAUGCAUAUCUUCAUCAAAUGGAUUUCAGAGUAUUAGUAGGUGCAAGGAAAAAGACUUGGACACUUGCAUGCAGCAUAGUAAGUCACAAAGUCCAUUUAAAGAAACAGAACCUUUGGUGUCACCAUGCAGUGAUAAUAUGUCUUUGCCAGUUAUGACUACAGAUUAUUCUAAAACAGAAAAAGAGCCAGUUGAUAUGAGAGUUUCUUGCUGUAAAACCAAAGAUUCAGAUAGAUAUUGUACUGCAAAUGAGAGUAACCCUUCUUUGUGUUAUUCUGAAGCUGAAACUGUUGAGCCUUCAGUUACGAAGAUUUCUUCAAAUAGCUUUAAGAAUGUACAUUUGGAAUCAAAAACAGUUGUAUGUGAUAAGAGAAAUCUGACAGAUCAGCACUCAAAAUUUACAUGUGAAGAGUAUAAACAGAGUGUUGGUAGCACUAGUUCAGCUUCUGUUAAUCAUUUGGAUGAUUUAUAUGAACCUAUUGGGAGUUCAAGUAUUGGUUCAUCUCUUCAGAGUCUUCCACCAGGAAUAAAAGUGGACAGUUUGACUCUCUUGCCAUGUGGUGAGAACACAUCUCCAGUUCUGGAUGGAGUGCUGAAGAGUAAAAAGAGCACAGAGGUUUUAAAGCAUACAGGGAAAGAAAAAAUAGUAGACGUAGGUAGUGGCUUUUCUAAUUCAGGAAAGGCAUUUGCCUCUUGGGAAAACAGGCAUAAUAAUGGGCUAUCUGGGAAAUGUUUGCAAGAGGCUCAAGAAGAAGGGAAUUCCAUAUUGCCUGAUAGAAGAGGAAGACCAGAGAUCUCUUUAGAUGAAGGAGUAAGGGGGCAUGCACAUACAUCUGAUGACUCAGAAGUUGUACUUUCUUCUUGUGAUUUGAAUUUAACUGUGGAAGAUGAUGGUGUAACUUACACCUUAAAAUGUGAUAGUAGUGGUCAUGCCCCUGAAAUUGUGUCUACUGUCCAUGAAGAUUAUUCUGGUUCCUCUGAAAGUUCAAGUGAUGAAAGUGAUUCAGAAGAUACAGAUUCUGAUGACAGCAGUAUUCCAAGAAACCGUCUCCAAUCUGUUGUGGUUGUGCCAAAGAAUUCUACUUUGCCUAUGGAAGAAACAAGUCCAUGUUCUUCCCGGAGCAGUCAAAGUUAUAAGCAUUAUUCCGACCACUGGGAAGAUGAGAGAUUAGAGUUAAGGAGGUAUUCAUAUGAGGAAAAAUUUGAGAAUAUAACAAGUAAAGGCUGUCCUCAAACUGAAAAGUUCUUUUUUCAUAAAGGUACAGAGAAGAAUCCAGAAAUUUCUUUUAUACAAUCCAGCAGAAAACAAGUAGAUAACCACCUGCCUGAAAUUGCCCAUUCUCAGAGUGAUGGUGUUGAUAGUACAAGUCAUACAGAUAUGAAAUCUGACCUUCUGGGUCACUCAAAUUCAGAAGAAAUAACAAAAGCCAAAACAUCCUUUAGGCAACAAGAUGAGCUACCAGUUUAUUCUGAUGAUUUUGAAGAUAUCCCAAGUAAAUCUCGGCAACAGACCACUUUCCCUAACAGGCCAGAUAGUAGACUUGGAAAAACAGAGUUGAAUUUUUCUUCUUGUGAUAUCUCAUGCAUGGAUGGCUUGCACUCAUCAGAAGAGCUCAGAAACCUAGGGUGGAACUUCUCUCAACAAGAAAAGCCUACUACCACAUAUCAGCAACCUGACAGCAGUUAUGGAGUCUGUGGUGCACACAGGUAUCAGCAAAGUGCAGAACAAUAUGGUGGGAACCGUAAUUACUGGCAAGGCAAUGGCUACUGGGAUCCAAGAUCAGCAGGUAGACCUCCUGGAUCUGGGGUCGCUUAUGACCGAAUUCAAGGGCAGGUUCCAGAUUCCUUAACAGAUGAUCGUGAAGAGGAAGAGAAUUGGGAUCAACGGGGUGAAUCUCACUUUUUAAGCCAGUCUAAUAAAUUUCUUCUGUCCCUUCAGAAGGACAAGGGGUCGGUGCAAGCACCUGAAAUAAGCAGCAAUUCCGUUAGGGACUCUUUAGCUGUAAAUGAAAGAAAAGACUUUUCAAAAAACCUAGAAAAAAGUGAUAUUAAAGAUCGAGGGCCUCUUAAAAAAAGGAGGCAGGAAUUGGAAAGUGAUUCUGAAAGUGAUGGUGAGCUUCAGGAUAGAAAGAAAGUUAGAGUGGAUAUAGAACAGGGAGGGACC